AUUUUUGUAAUAGAUAUAAGGGAUAGAUAGGUUAUAGAGUUAAUAUAGAGGAGAUAGAGAUAGUACCACAGAGGUGUAGCUCAUCAAAACAUGUCGUCGUGGAGGCCGUGACAUAUCAGACGACAUGAUCAACAUAACAGACACACAGAAGAUUGGGGUCGGGUUUGCUGCCUUUGGGGUCACCUUCAUCUUUCUGGGUGUCCUCCUCUUUUUUGAUAAAGGACUUUUGGCUAUUGGUAAUAUCCUCUUCCUGGCGGGCCUGGCCUUUGUUGCUGGUCUAGAGAGAACAUUCCGUUUCUUCUUCCAACGGCACAAGUGGAAAGGCUCCGGGGCGUUCUUUGGAGGGAUUCUCAUCGUCCUCUUCGGCUGGCCGUUGAUUGGCAUGUGCAUUGAAGUGUACGGUUUUGUCGUGUUAUUCAGUGGAUUCUUCCCCGUAGCUGUUAAUUUUUUGCGUCGUAUGCCAGUUAUUGGACAGAUACUCAAUCUUCCGUUCAUCAGUGGACUGUUGCCCCCAGACUCUUCUGCUUGAGUAAGCCAAGUUUGUUGAUCGAUUUUCAGGAGACUCCAAAAUGAAUGUCUGACAAGAAAAGAAUGCUUGAGGCAUCUUGUAUUUAGUGGUUAGAGGAAAAGUCAGCAUACUGCUACAGGUGUGGGUAGUACUGUACACCACACAGGUCAUAUGGCAAUAGAUAAAAGAGAGAAGACACCAAGCUUGUCACAAACUGUUUCCAAGCAAAAUGGUACUCUAUGAUAGCACUGUGUUUAUGUACUGUGUGUGUGUGGCUGUGGAUGUGAAAGGCACUGAUGCAAAAUUGGUUUCAAGAAGUACAGUACAGUAUGCAUUGGAAUAAAAAUAAUACUUUUUGAGAGCAAUGUUUGGUCUGAAGACAACCAUUUUCCCUGACUGUGUUCUUGUCUUGUUCUGGUACGGUACAGUACAGUACAGUACAGUACAGUACACGGGUGAAUGAAAACCUCAUUUACAUGGAUCUUGAUAAUCACAUCAACAACAUUUACUGUAAUUACUAAAAUAUUUUCUCAGUCUGUUCACUUAACAUUUGACUUACAGUAGAUGUAAAAACAUUUCACUAUAAUUCAUCUUACAAAAGGGAACUUAUUUUCUUACUUAUUUGUAUCAGUAAAUUAUCAACUAAUUCUUAUAUAAAUACUAUUUUGCCAAAUGGCAUCUCUCCAGUGUUCAGGUAAUUGCUACUCAGACUUAGAUAAUUAUCUAACCCUUAUUACUAAGGAAUAUUGCUGUAGGAUCAAAUAUAGUAACCUUAGAUUCUGUGUACAUUUUGAGUGUCAGAAUUUAUAAUUAUUACUAUGGUGAUGAUCUUUAACUGAAUACUGUAUGAACUAAUCAGAUACACUCAGGAUUUCACUACAUAUAGUACAAGGUGUCUCAAAAAUACACACACACACACACAUUACCUUACAGAUUUUCACGGAGAAUGCAGGAAUGCCGGUAUUACAACACCAACAUUGUCCCUGAGUGUGGAAGACCUAGCACAUCAACAAGUGAGGACAGUUUGUCUGUUGUUAAACCUAUACAAGUAUUCACAAUUGCCAUAAAAGUCUGUAAGGCAGUGUGUACAGUAUACAUUUUUCUGAGAUGCCCUGUACAGUACAGUAUUUAAGUAGAAGGGGCAAAGAGGAUUUGAAGCUGCUUGGGAUGAAAGAGCCCAUUGUUUACCUGGUGCAAGGUCUUGAACGAACUGAACAAAUUACAACAGUUGAUUGAAUAAAUGAAUACAAAUAUGGUGUUUACAGGUAGAUUAAAAUAGGUCAGAUUCAUAAUACUGUAGUAUACUGUAUUUCUGUUCUCAGUAGGUAAAUGAAUAUGUUCUUCCUGAAACAACUUGAACUGGUUUUGACAAUACAUGAAUCAGUCAGUGUGGUUGGCAGCUGAUUCAGAAUAAAAACCUGCUUGCUCUCAGUAAGGAUAAUAUGGAUAUGAUUUGGGAUUCUUAAAAUGGACAGACAUCAUCAUCAUGUGUUUAAUUGUCACUUGUCUCAUGAGAUGUAUGGCUGAUAUUUGCUUACUACUGUAUAAUGACACCAGAUUAUAAAACAUUAUAAAUAGACAGAGAUUCCUCUGAGAUAAUGUUGGAUAAAAAUAUGCAUUUCUCUUGUGAUUUGUCAUUUUCUACUAUUUGACCAAGUUAUGUUUUUCCGAUACUGUAGUACAGAUUGAAAAUGAUGAGGGGGCAGGUCUGGUCCUGGAUUGAGUGUCACCACCAACUACUGUAGAUGAUAGUGUUCCUUUUUUGUAAGACAGUCUCCUUCCUUUCUAUUAUGUUUAGAACUUUGAAUAAAAUAUUUCUUUUUUGUAACUAUAUAAAACGCUUUAUGACAAUUAGUGUUAAAUCAGACAGCUAUAGUAGUUCAUUAUAAAAAUUUUAUUAAUAUUAAAAUAUUUAAGGAAAUUUAAGCGCUUGAUAAAUAUUAGAAAAACUGUGAAGCAAAGUGUAAUGAAGGAUUUCAACAUGUGCCUCACUUACUGUAAUGAUAAUUGGAGGAAAGUUAGUACUAAGUUUCAGAAUUCAUUUUACUACUUAACUGAUGAGAAAGGAGUACGGUACAUAUAAUGUUCAUCACGGGGGACAUAGUUGUAGAUCAUUAUCAUCUUGAAAAAGUGAAUCCUACAGGAGCUAUAAUACUCUAUGAUAGUUGUUUGCAAUUUAAAAAGAAUGAACUUAUCAUUUGUCAGCAGACUUAACUUAAAUGGUUGUAACUUUCACCGUCAUCACAUUUUGUAUUUUGAGCAACCUCACUGCCAGCUGUUUUGUGGGUUGCUUGUGAAUUUAUUCACUCUGCACUGUGGCAUUUUACAUAGUAUAAUUGGCCCUUAGUUCCCAGUAUUUUUUAUGACAAGUUAGAUGAGAAACAUUUGUGUUUUCUGUAAAACGUGUGAACAUUUAAGAACAGUUGGGUUAAUGUAAGUGAAGGCAUUUUUACUUGUCAUUGCAAAAUGAAAACAGAGCUCCUAAAUUUUUGUCUUGGAAUAAAGAUAAAAACUUACAAGUUCUCUCAUUUUUAUUUUGGUGUGAGCCAUGAAGAUAUUACUGUACUACCAUGAUUCCAUUAUGAAGUUAUGGAAAUGAUUUUACUGUAUGUAUGAGUAAACUGUUUCUUGUAGAAUGUGCCAAACAUAAUGAAAUUAGAUGACUGUAGGAUCAAAUUAACUCAUUUUGGAAUACAAUAUAACAAUUUUGAUAUAAAAUUAUUUUGUGAUAUGCAACAGAACUGAUGUUGUGGAUAGUUAAUUCCAGUAUUGAUUUAUUUUUCUGUGGCAUAAUUAUUUAGCAGUGGUUGAGAAUAUAAUCUUUAACAUGAAUUCCAACUUUGGUGAAGGACCAGCACAUUUUCUGAGUCAUAUCAUUGUAUAUUUCUGUUGGGGGAAGUCCAAUCUGAAUCUACAGAGGCUGCACUUAUUGUACAGUAAAUGUGUGAUUAUCUUGUGAGAGUAUUUGAUGUGUUGAUAGGAAGUUAUUUUGCCUCCUCCCACACUUUUCUAUAUCCUGCUGGUGACUCUCUCAAUGCCUUACAUCCAUCUCAAGACAUCACACCAUGCACUCCUACCCUCUUAAACCUUGUUGUAUGUCUGCCUUGAUUACAAUUUCUUGUGUAUAUGUAAUGGGCUCUGUACCACGCGUCAUUCUCACUACUAUAUUUGAAUACUAUUAAGUUUCUUGUUAUCAUUAUUUGUAUUUAGGUCUUACUAAGCUCGAUAGUAUAUUUCAUUCCAAGGGAAUGUCAGGGUAAUGGUUUUCAAGUUUUCUGUAGCUUACCUUCAUGUUUUAGUGGUGAUGAUGGUGAUUGCAUUUUGUCUUUACAUUACAUAGAGGUUAAUUUUGUCAAGAGGCUGCCCGUAAAGUCUUUUACAGUAUAUUUUCACGUAAAUUUUUGUUAUCAAUGUACUUAUAUAAUAAGGAAUUUUUAACAUCUCGAGUAUUGUUUUGAAGGUUGACGUCGUAAACAUUGAUCUAGUUCAUACUUUUUCAGGACUUAAAUUUGGACUCCUUUACACUAAAUAGCAUUGACCUUGAUAACUGUGAUCAGUUCUUGUGUCAAUGCCUAUUCCUCCCUGACAGCUUGACAAAUCAUAUUUUUCCUCCAAAUUCCUGUACCGGGUAGGAUCACAAUUCUGGAUACAUUGAAAAUAAUUUUAAUACAAUAUAAAUUCCAUAUCUGUAUUUACAGGAAAUCUUGUUUAAUUUUGCUAUUUUGUUGCAAAGUGUAAAGUUGUAAUGAAUGGACACGUUAGAACAUAGCACCUCUGGUAUAUGUAUCUAUUUAUGUAAUACAAGAACAUAUUGUCAGGUGAAAGAAUUUUGAUCUCAAGGCUAAAGAGGUUGUCACUUAACCCUUUGAGGGCAAUGGUUUAACUCUGAUGAUGAUGAUUUAACCCUCCAGGACUCGAAGGGUUAAUUGAGAGCAGUGAAAAGUGUUCGGACAUGAUUCUUUGUUAAACAUCAUAACGAAGUUUCAUCCACUAGUUUAGUGUCAUUUGUUUCAUCAAUGUAUAUAAGUAUCAUUGCCUAGGCAUGGAAAUUUCUUAUCUUCUACAACAGAUGCAGUGCCAAUGUUAAUGUUCUUUUAACCACCACAGAACAAACAUUAUUAUUAUUGUGCUUUGCCUCAAAAGGAGAAAAAUUACUUCAGUAUGUAGUGUUGAUCAUUGGAAUAAUUGUUAGUAAUGUUACCAAGGACGUGUCAUUAGUCCUGUAAGCCAGUUAUAUAAAUCUUAAAACUAUCGUAAUUAAUCUUUGUGACACUCGGUUGUAGGUAAACUUUAAGCUCUGGUCGCCUGCCGUUCAGUUUGGAAUGAGUGGAGUAAAGCUCAUAAUAACAUUGGCGGAGCAUUGGAUCAGUAAGCCAUGACAUCUGUAAACUUAGGUAACCACUUGAAGUACUGCAGCAGUGUCUGAAGUUUUAAGCUUUUAUAUAGUAUACCAUAGGUAAGUGUGUCAUCUGCCAUAUUUUCACUUCCCUCUCAUUUCAUGUACAGUGCAGUACUCAUCCAGUUAAUGAGGUAAUGUAGAUUGUGUGGUGCUAAUCUCAGUUGGAUGUAUUAACAGUAACAUCUCAUCGUGGGGAACUCGUUCAUUUCCCCUUUGUUGUUAGUGGAUGGAGGGAGGUGCCAAGGCUGAGUGUCUAUAAAUACUGAUGCAAAAUAUAUGGAGAUGUAACUUUAAAAGGUAGGGGGGGGGGGAGAGGGGGUUUAUAGGGAUAAACAUUCAGUGUGUUCAUUUAAUUUUGUUUCUUAGAAUUUGAGUGUAAUGUCCUUAGAAGGCACUCCUAAGAUUAUGUAUGGUAUGUAUGUAGUAUUGUUUUGAGCCAUACUGCUAGUGUACAAAGUAUACCCUAUUCAGGAAUAGUGUGAGUGUAUGACAGUUGCAUUUAUGCAAACACACAAACAUUUGAUACUGAAACAUAGUGCAAUAGGACUUUGACUAUUUCUACUAAUUAGCGUUAGGUUGAGUGUUCGUAUGUAACAACCCUGUUUAUGACUGCUACUGAUACUAUGAAACUAAAUCACAGUAAAGGUUGUUGUCAACAUUCAAAAUUAUAUCUACUGAACGAUGUCAGGCUCUGUGUUUCUUGUACAAAUAGGCAUAUACCUUGACAGAAAAUAUAUUACCAUUUUAAAAA